AUUUCCCGCAGCAGCAAAUCCCCCGCACACACAUCUUGCAUCACCAUCACAACCGCCACGCCAACCACUGCACACCUCCACCCAAUAUCGCACACGCUUGCGUGACAGAGCAAGCUUUCACGCACGCCUUCUUCACUUCUGCUUCUCCUCAAGCCUCACUCCCCCUUCCUACAACACCCUGAAACCUCUCCUGACCUACCUACCUGGCUGCAGCUCGCACACACCAUUCACACACACCACCGAACACCACUCACAACACCAGAAACCGAACACUCCCCACCACGCGACAACACCUUCCCCCCCCCCCCCACACACACACACAUCCCAAGAUGACGACGCCAUCGAUGCAGCAAGUGGAUGCACUGGAGCAGGAGUUCCGUGCUGUGCAAGACCACAUCACCUCGUUUCUGUCAUCCUUCUCUGGACAAGUGUUUGAGGAGACGGAGUGGCCCUACACGAAAGGCAAGGGUGGCGGCCGCACGCGCGUGCUUGAGGUGGACCGCCGCCACUACCUCCAGUCGCAAGGCGGCAACGCCAGCCCCUGGGAGCUGCGCCCGGAGCGCACCCCUCGCUCCUUCUUCGAGAAGGGCGCCUGCAACUUCUCCGGCAUCCACGGCGACAACAUGCCAAAGUCGGCCACCAGCGCCCUCAACAUCCCGGAGAACACGCCCUACCGCGCCACGGGCGUCUCCCUCAUCUUCCACCCCUCCAACCCGUACGUGCCCACCAUCCACAUGAACGUGCGCUUCUUCAUCUGCGGCGAGAAGUGGUGGUUUGGUGGCGGCAUCGAUGUCACGCCAACCUACCCGAUCCUGGAGCAGGCCAUCGCCUUCCACGCCGACCUCAAGCAGCUCUGCGACGCCCACCACGUGCCCUAUGGCGAGUGGAAGGAGUGGUGCGACAAGUACUUCUUCCUCCCGCACCGAAAUGAGACGCGCGGCAUCGGCGGCAUCUUCUACGACCACUUCCAGGGCGACAGCUUCGAGCACGCCAAAAACUUCACCAUGGCUCUCGGCCGCACCUUCAACGAGCUCUACUCCAUCUUCCUGCCCAACGGCAACAUCUCCUUCACCAUUGCCCAACGCGAGUUCCAGCUGUACCGCCGCGGCCGCUACGUCGAGUUCAACCUCGCCUACGAUCGCGGCACCAAGUUUGGCCUCAUGUCCAAUGGCCGCGCAGAGUCCAUCCUCGUCUCCCUUCCCGCCACCGUGCACUGGGUCUACGAGUACAAGCCGCCCGCGGGCAGCAAGGAGAGCUACCUCUAUGACCACUUUCUCAAACCACAGAGCUGGCUUGCCCUCACCGACGGCGACAAGGCGCAGAUGCAGCCGCCGCCAAACUUUGUCGGCGCCUCCAAGAGCAGCUUCGUUACCAUGCCCAGCAAGGGCCUGUUUGCCUCACUUGCCUGCCCCGCCGUGCUUGGGCCCCUUGCAUUUGUUGUCGGCGCUGCCGCUGCCGUUUGUUACUUCAAGAAGGGUGGCUGCUUGUUCUGUCUCCCUUCAUCAUGCUGCAAAGCGUGA